UACAGGCUGUCAGAAAUUAAAAGAGGAAGAAGAAAAUGCACGGGUUAUUUCUCUUUAAAGGCUGUUUACUUCGGAGUUUAACUUGUUAAAAGUAUUUUAUUUACCGUAAAAGGUACUCGGUUUGCUUUUGAUAAAAAUCCAGAAGCCAUGUAUCCGCAAGAAGGGAACUCCGCCGAGUUGAUGAACAUUGGUGAACGAGACGGCUGCUUUUCUUUUUCCUGAGUUGCCUUUCCUAGUGGCUCGUGAGACGCCGGCGCCAUCUUUGGAACGACCCGAGGAUUACAGGCAAAACCAUUUCAAUCACCAGCUCUAUAAUAUUGUUUUGCUGGCCAGUACAAUACACGGACACUUGAAGACUUAUUCUAUUUUUUUGGAUAACAAGACCGUUCGGUAUUUAGUUUGUUAAUGGACUGAGAAAGACCAUACGUUGUUGUUGUUAGAGACAUUUAGGUAUUUGGUUUAACGUCCUAAAAAAAGGAAAUAUAUGUUAUUUUCGUAUUCCAAUUGUUAACUAAAACAUAAUUUCAUUUCCAUGUGCUUUAAAUAUACUGUUAUAUGGUGUAUCCGAUUUCCAUUAUGAUGAAGAAGAUGCGUUUCAGUCCAGCAAUUGUUGAAUAAAUCUGGAUGAAAGUACACUGCUAUCACAAACCCAAGUAAAUUCUGUUUAUUGGUUACACAUGCAUGAUCACAUACACUUAGGAUAUUUUGUCAUACCACGCCAUGGAAUCAAUCAACUACAUCGCUAAACUCAAUGAGUACGUGCAGAAUAGUGGCUGCGAGUUGAAGUACGACGACGUGGGUUCCGAAGGCCCUGCUCAUAUUAAAACGUUUGCUCAAACGGUGAUAUUAAACGGCAAACCAUACCCAGAGGGCGUUGGAAAAAACAAGGAGGAGGCCCGGCAAAAUGCAGCCAAACACGCUUUAGAGAGCGUUUUGGAGACAGACUCAGACCAGUCCCAUGUCUCGGGGUGGUCGAUGAGGGACGCUACAGAGCCAAUUAAUCAGGCAAGGCUCACCCAACCCAACUACAAAUGCUGGAUCUACGAGCACAGUCAGAAGAACCGGGUUCGUAUACGGGCACUGGAGUCCACCGCGAUGGAACUAGGCCACACUAAACAUUGUUGUAAGUUUGUGAUUGACGGUACGGAGUACCCGUCUGGCUCUGGGAGAACGAAGAAGGAGGCAAAGGAGGACGCAGCCAGGCUUGUAUAUGAGAAGAUAUGGAGAAAUCCACUCUCAAAUACCGUCGAUCAGAGUGGCAGUGUUGAUCCAUCGAGUCCUCAAACAAAUGAAUUGAAUCAAGACAUGUCAGAGGCAAUUGGUUCACCUGAAAAUAUGGUGGUGAGCCUCAGAGAGCUUUCUGGCUUGACUGAGUUUACAUACUUGGGACUGGACAGCCAGCAUCAGCAGGAGAACAUGUGCAAUGUGGACUUAUUGGUGAAAAGAUGUGGUCCUGCACACUGCCCUCAGGGGGUUAUUGACGGUAGGGAGUACCCUGAAGUCGAGGGGAAGACUGCAAAGGAGCCCAAAAAAAGGACGGCAAAGGAGGCCUGGCCUGUGCUCCAAGAGCUGUCAGACUGGGACAGCAAGGCAAAUGGGAAGUCUGCCAAAUCAGAAGAGGAUGGCACAAAUAAUAAAGCAACAUCAGACACGGCAUCCUCCGCAUCUGGUAGCUGGAUUCAGUUCAGCAAUUCCUCUGCACCUCCCAAGGAAGAAAAAUUGGGUAUCAAGGCUAAAAUUAAACUUGGAGAGAAAUUAAACAAAGAACCAUCCAAUACUCCAAGAGGUCCAACUACUUCUAAGUUCUUAACAGAAUACGACAAUAUUGAGUGUAUUGGGCAAGGGGGCUUUGGUCACGUUCACAAGGCAAGGAUGAAACACUUGGAUACGUAUUGCGCGGUCAAGAUAGUGCCGAAUAAAGAGAAUGCUAUGCGUGAGGCAAAGAUUUUAGCAAAGCUACAGCAUCCUAAUAUCGUUCGAUAUUACACCUCCUGGACUGAGGAUCAGGAAAACAUUCCUCCCAACUGUAAAGGUCUCAGCACUUCCCAGUCAAGCAGCGAUACGUCCGGGACUUUCCUGUACAUCCAAAUGGAGCUGUGUGAAAUGAAGGAUCUGUAUGAGUGGAUACAGGAGAAGAACUCAUUGCAUCAGGAUCCCACUCGGAGGAAGGAGAGUUUAGACAUCAUGAAGAAGAUGAUAUGUGGGGUGGAAUACAUCCACUCCAAGAAUCUAAUGCACCGGGACCUAAAGCCCUCUAACAUUAUGGUUGGAUCAGAUGGAGAGGUGAAGAUCGUGGAUUUUGGUCUGGUGACGGCAGAGAGUGACGAGGAAGGCAAUGUGUUGGAGAAAACGAUGGGCACGGGUACUAGGUCGUUUAUGCCGCCUGAACAAAGGUACAAAAACGUAUACAACAAUAAGGUGGAUAUAUUUGCAUCAGGCUUGGUAUAUUUUUUGAUGCUGUGGAAUUUCUCCGUUCAUGAAAAGAGUAAACGUUGGGAUGACAUCAGAAAACAAAAAUUUCCAGCAGACUUCACACUGUCAUUUCCUAAAGAGUCAUUUCUAAUUACAUCAAUGCUACAUGAAAAUCCUGAAUCCCGACCCUCUGCUGAGGAGAUAAUGGCUAAGCUGGAGCGGUUGGAUCUUCCCACAGCGAGACCGAUCAGAACCAAUUGGGCGGACAAGGCCUGGUCAUCAGCGCCCAAUUCUUAUUAGUCUCUUGUUAACUGCACUAUGUAACUUUGUCACUCUGACGGCGGAGGAGAAAUAGGGAGCCGUUUUAUGUAACCCACUAAGAUGUCCACUGCUUACUUUAUUCUUUUUAUUUUAUUCUAUUUCAUUUAUAAUUUUCUAUUUUUUAUAAUCUUAUCUUCUAUGCUUCCAAUCAAAGCGGUCCAAACUUUAUUUUAAACAAAAAAAAUGUUUUUACAUAGUUUUGUCAUUAGCUGUGUUCGAAAUCGUUCACUAUUCCCUAUAUAGUGUUCAUGAUAUAGUGCACUAAAUAGGGAACGAACAAACGAGAAUUCGGACACCACGCUGUACAUUUCUAAACGUCAUUUGCGUCAGUAAAUGCGCCGGGUAUUUGUGUGACGCAGACAGACGCGCCCAAAUUAUGUAAACAAACGGGCACCCACGAGGAAAGCUGGAGGUUGUAUUGAUGUUAAAUGUUACGUUUCCUUGAUCAAGGUUUUUUUUAAUACAGUUUUAAUGUUACAUUUUUUAUGUUAAAUCCCAAAUAAAUUGUUGACAUUUCUAAACGAAA